UUCUGCCUGCAGCCUCCUUCCUGUAGCCCGGUUGAGGAAGUGAAUUUCGCUGACAGGGCUGGGUUCAGUGAGGGAGAGGCGAACAAAACAUCUUCCGCGGGGGGUUAAAAAAACAACAACAAGACAACAAGAGACGAGAGGAGCGAUUCGAUAAAUCAUAGCGAAGCUAAGGUGUACAGUCAUCGGUGAAAUCGUGCUCCCCUGCCCCGCUGAGACCGCCGCAGACAUGAAUGACCAGCAGCUGGACUGUGCUCUGGACCUGAUGAGGCGUCUGCCUCCUCAGCAGAUCGAGAAGAACCUCAGUGACCUCAUUGACCUGGUGCCCAGUCUGUGUGAGGACCUCCUCUCCUCUGUGGACCAGCCCCUGAAGAUUGCCCGGGACAAGGUUGUGGGGAAAGACUAUCUGCUCUGUGAUUACAACCGAGACGGCGACUCCUACAGAUCCCCAUGGAGUAAUAAGUAUGAACCUCCCAUUGAAGAUGGUGCCAUGCCUUCAGCUCGCCUGAGGAAACUCGAGGUCGAAGCCAAUAACGCCUUCGACCAGUACAGAGACCUGUACUUUGAGGGUGGCGUGUCCUCCGUGUACCUCUGGGACUUGGAUCAUGGCUUUGCUGGAGUUAUUCUCAUCAAGAAGGCUGGGGAUGGAUCCAAGAAGAUCAAAGGGUGCUGGGAUUCCAUCCAUGUGGUGGAGGUGCAGGAGAAGUCCAGCGGUCGCACUGCUCACUACAAACUCACCUCCACCGUCAUGCUGUGGCUCCAGACAACCAAGACCGGUUCUGGUACCAUGAACCUGGGUGGCAGCCUUACAAGACAGAUGGAAAAAGAUGAGACGGUUGGAGAAUCCUCACCCCACAUCGCCAACAUCGGCCGCCUUGUUGAGGAUAUGGAGAACAAGAUUCGCUCCACACUGAAUGAAAUCUACUUUGGGAAGACCAAGGACAUCGUCAACGGACUAAGAUCUAUUGAGUCUUUGCCUGAUAACCAAAAGUACCGGCAGCUCCAGAAGGAGCUGUCGCAGGUUCUCACCCAGCGUCAGAUCUUCAUUGACUAGGGUCAGAGGAGUGUUCAGACUCUGGCUGACAAGUCAAAGCAGGAGGCUCUGAAGAACGACCUGAUGGAGGCACUCAAACGCAAACAUAACAGCUAGAGAUGCUACUGUCUAUUUUUUUUUCUCUUCUGACUUCUCUCACUCUCUCCGCCUCAUCCUCAUCUCUGCCAUCUUUUCUCUGUUUCUUUACAUCUCUCCCUCCAUGCCUGUUUCAGUGCUGCACUCUUGUUUAUUAUUUGUGGAAAAACAAAAAAGGAGAAAAUGCUUAGCUUAUUUGUUUUUUUUCUUUUUUUUUUUGUUUUGUUUUUCUGUCUGGUUUUGUUUUCAUUGCAUCUCAUCUGCCAUGAAGCCAUUCACUCCCUCUGUCUCUCUUCACCCCUCUCUUCUCUGUCUGUUCUCUCCCAUGUUAUGAAUAUAAUGAUAGUAUUACCACGAUAAUCUUACAGUGUGAGGGUCAUUGUAGUAAUAAUCCCUGAUGUUCUCACAGCUGAUGCGUCCUCAGUCAGUUUGAAACGAGUGACUUUGGCCCUGCUCUUCCUCUGUGGCGAGGAAACGGACAUGGACUGUGCUGUAGGUGAUGUAGGCUUGGCGGGGGCUGUCAUUAUUAUUAUGUACAUCAAAUUUACUUCUUGCACCUAUUUUUGUCUACGACACCCCCCCUGAUAUAUUUGUAUAAAAUUAUAACUGUCCGUGUAUAACUGUCAUUCUUCCUGGCCGUUGUAAACGGUGCGGACACGAGGGCGGCCUUCGGUUUGUUUUGGAAGGUUUUUAUUCUUUACUCCACUCUGUCCGCAUGCAUGCGAGCCUGUGUGGGUGCAUGGGGCUGCAGUCAGUGGAAAUGUAGACUUAUCAAACAUGGGGGGGAUAGACUGUUAUAAUCACCGGGUGAACCUUCGUCGUCAACCCUGCCCCCCACACUGUGUAUAACAUGACGGUUUGCCUCCCCUCUGUUAAGCUUAUUCAACUCUUCUCUAUCCUCACCUACUAUGUCUUUGUUGGGGGUCACAGUUUGUCUUUGUGUCUCAGUGGAAACCUUUGACUGUUUCCAUUUUGGAGGGGAAUCUUUUGUUGUAUUUUUGUUUUGUUUUUAUUUUGUAAAGCUUAUGAUUCAUAUUGUAUUAGAGCCUCCAGCAACAAUAAAAAUGGUAAAAAGCUA